AAUCAAGGACGUUUUAACAAAAGGCGCCAAUUUCAGAUGAAGUCACACGCGAGUUCAUUUCCACGACUAUUGACAACUUGAUGCAGUUCUUCAACAUAAUUAUGGCGAAUGUACGUUUUCUUUCUCUGUUUAUUCUUGUACUAUUAUGUCGUCUCUCAGAAAGUUUUUUGUUCUGGGCUUCCGACACUGAUGAAAAAGAAACAAAAGUACCAAAAGCUUAUCCCGUUAAAGGACACGCCCCGUUCGAAAUGAAAACGGAUGAUGAAAAAUUUUCGGCAGUGGCUCUUCAAUACUUGUCAGAGUUAUCCGAAUUAGAUUUGUGUCACCAUGAGGUGAUUGCAGAAUUAAAAGAUGCGUGCAAUGAUAUCACAGAAGAGGAACUUGCAAAACUUGGUGUUGCUCUGUUAAACUGUCAGUCGCAAGCUGAAGGUCGUACUACCUACACAUGUACUGAAGAUAUGAGCAUUGGUGAUUGUACUUCUAGCAUGGAUUCUAAUACGUGGAAUGCCUAUCAUAUAAUAAGCAACCGUGCGAGGGCGGUAUGCUAUGCUGUAAGACAACAACAUUUCCAAUAUAAAACCCAGAAUGCCGUAAAUCAAUUAGCACUUACAGCAGAGGGACAACUACACCUCAUGAAACAUUUACAUGAAAAUCAUGAAAACUUGAUUGAGUCUACAGAUAAAGUCAUCAACACAAUGACAACUGGACAACGGGAAUUGAUUGGAAAACAAGAAAGACUAAAAGCAUCUCAGGUUCAGAUGCAAAGUCACAUUGUUGAUAAUCUUCGUAUUUUGACAGAAGAAAAAUCCCUGAUUGCCGCUGGACAUAAAGAAUUUGCUGAAAGAACGGAAUAUUUACGGGAGUUACUUGAAACUACAAGUAACGAAUUGAUAUCACAAGGUUCAGACGCCAAAGAAAAUCAUGCUCAAUUACUUGAAGAUCUGUCGGUAAUACGCGAUCGUGCUGGUGAAAUAUGGACUAAAAUUGAAGGGAGUUCUCAGAAUAUAAUGGAUUAUCAUGACGAAAGCCGACAAUAUUACGAAAACACUCUUGAGAAUCUAAGAAAGAUGAAUGAAACUGCCAACCAUGUUUUAGUAUUCCUUAGUAAUAUGCAAAGUGGGAUUGAUAAGAAGCUCAGUUGGAUCUCAUCAGUGUUGGGAGGAACUGGUGACAAUGUGGCAGUACUGAUGACAUGCAUUUUACAUUUAUUGUAUUUUUUGUUGAUUACAUUCGUGAUGACUUUACUAAAAACUCCAACAUUCUCAAGAUUUAUUCUCCUGCUGAUCAUCCCCUUGAACGCAGCAUCUCAAAUCAGACAUAAAACUAGUUUGGGAUACAUGACGUUAACUUGGUUUAUUGCUAUCUGUGUUUUGGUAAACUGGCUGUACUUGCUUUUGUGGUCUGCUUUAAGAGGAAAACCCACCCCAGUGAGAUCUCAAGGUCCAGACUCUCCCUGUUCAUGUGGAUUUCAGUCACCCUAUAAAUCAAUUGCAUCUCCACUUUCAUCUCCGUAUGUGACAAAUCUAACCCCAUUACCAUCUGGAGUGAAAAAGGCUGUAUCUGAUGAAGUAAACCAUCUCAUGAAAGUUAUACUUGAUGGAUGGAGUCAAGAUAAUCUACCAAAGAAAACCAAAAAAGCCGCCAUCCUUGAUAAUUGUCACUCUGAGUCCAAGCUAUUUGACGAGAGUGAGCUCAACAACUCAAUUGUUUCCAACAUGUCAGACAUAACCAUUAAUAAAAUUUUGGAAUCAACUGCGCUCAAUGCUACAUUACAAGAAACCAUUGGACAUCACUAUGAUAGUGUCUUUGUUUCAACUUUAUCACCUGUUACCCCAAGCAACAGUUGCCAAGCAACACCUCACUCUAAUGAUACACCUAUGCCAACAUCGGAUGAUGAUGUGUUCCCGCCCACACCGGGUAUUGCGAGGAAACAUCUUGGUAAAUUACUGAAUGAAGUUACUGGAUCUCCCAGAAGACGAACUAAAAGUUGUACACCACAAAAGAACAAUGCAAACACAAGCACAACUUUAAGUGCAGGAGGUACUCCACGUAGACCAUGUCUGGGAAUUACAAAGACUGGGUUACCAUGUAAAAGAUCUUCUAUAAAGAACCAGGAUUAUUGUACAACACACUUGCCACAUUGAAGCUGCCAUAAAAAAUGCAGUGUUGAUAAGUGGUCCUAUCUAUUGUCGCAGCCGUAUUGAAAAUGCAGUGUCUGAUAAGUGGUCUUAUCAAAUUGUAGCAGCCAUAUUAAAAACAACUGUUUUAAGUUGUCUUGUGAUCAGAUUUUUGAAGAACUGAUAUUUACAUAAUCAUUCAUUGUUUUUUGGGGGUUUAAUUUUCCUAGUAAUUAUAUUUUUUAUAUUUUGAAUUUUUUUUGUCCAAAAACUGAAAUAUUGUGGAAUGAAUAU